GCAGGUCAAAUACAAAUGGAGAAACUCCGCAGUUCAAGUAGAAACUGGAAAGCGGGGAAAGAUGAGUACGGCGACAGCGGCGGCGCCGGAAGCGACGGUGACGAGGGUAUAUGUCGGAGGAGUGGGCGAGAGCGUAGGGGAGGACGAUUUGCGCAAGAUUUUUGGGGCUUUAGGGACGAUAGGCGCCGUGGAAAUCGUCAGGACCAAAGGCCGCAGCUUCGCGUACUUCGAUUUCGUGCCAGCGACCCAGAAUUCCCUUAAUAAGCUCUUCAGCAAGUAUAAUGGCUGUGUGUGGAAAGGGGGUAGGAUAAGGCUUGAGAAGGCAAAAGAACAUUACCUUUUUCGACUGAAACGGGAAUGGGAAGAAGAUGCUGAACAGAAUAUCACACCUUCUGAUGCUCUCGAUGCGGAUAAAGACCCAGCAGCUCCAGUAAAGGCCAAGAACUUUCCUGAUAAAGAGAAGCAUCUUCAUAUUUUCUUCCCUAGAUUGAAGAAGGUGAAAUCUUUGCCAUUGCGAGGAACUGGCAAGCAUAAGUACAGCUUUCAGAAGGUUGAGGUUCCUCCCUUGCCAAAGCAUUUCUGUGAUUGUGAAGAGCAUUCUGAUCUAUCUCAUUCCUUAAAAGUGAAAAAGACUCAUGAACUUCACUCCCAAGGUGAUGGCGGCGUAAAUGCUGAAGAGCUUGAUAUGAUGAACUCAGUGAUGAACAAGUUGUUGCAAAGAGAAGCAGAUUCAAUCACCGCACGCAAUGGGAAUGAGCUGAUCAAGGAUGAAAAGAUUUCUUCAGCAGGGUUUCUGGAACCGCAACUGGAAGAGGACAUGGUAGAUCAUGACGAAGAUGGUGAUAACCUCGUGAUUAAUAUGGUCACAGGAGUCGGAGAUGGAAUUACUGGGGGCCAUAUUGACAAUUUCUCAACGAAUCAGGAAUCAAAAUCUCACAAAAGACAAACUUUUCGAGAUGGACCGGCACAAAAUAGGCUUUCUAUUCACAAAAGGGACAGCGCAUUGCCAAAUAAGGAAAAUAAAUCACUCUCUCAUGGACAUUGUGUGGGAAAGGAGCCAUUUUCAUGUCCCAAUGAGCAAAAUGAUAGUUUGCCUGCUGAUUCUGAAGUAUCACGAAAAAGUCAAAAACUCAAACCUGUAGUUUCAGAAUCAAGGACCCAAAAUCUGAAGAAGCAUCCCUUGUGGUCCCAGAAGUCCUCGUGGAAAGAACUUCUCGGAGAGAGAAAUGAAUUUGCCUUCUCCGUGUCACAUGUAUUGCCAGGUGGUGGCACUCCGGGUGAUGAGCCACUGCUUUCUGAUAACUCGAGUGUGCUCAACAGUGUGGACCGCAAAAAUCAGCAUGGUGAUGAUGAGCAUGAACAUGCAGAAGACAAGACUAACGGAUCAGCGAAAUUGGAAGACGCAACUGAAAGUGAGUCUGCAACACAAAAUAAAUCCUCAGUGAAGACAGGAAGGGGCAGUUCAUGGCUCCACAAAUCUUCAUGGACACAAUUGGUAACGGACAAUAAAAGCAAGUCAUUCAGUAUAUCACUGAUUAAGCCAGCUCUAAAUUCUGAACAUGAGCUUCCGGCUGAUAAUAUUGCUGAGAGCAAGCAGCAUGAUGAAUCUAUAGAAGAUGGUUCAAAUGGCUUGAGAGGUGAAAUGGAGGAACCAUCAAGUGCUGCUUUUGAUUCGAGCAUGGCUUCCCAAGUUAUGGAGCGGAAUCUUCCACUACAGGAAGGUUCGGAAGGGGCUUUGAGCUUAAAUUCGCUUGCUGUUCAAAAGAGCAAUAAAGCUGCUGCUGCCUCAUUGACUGAGGAAAGACGUAUUUCAGUUCCAAAUCAGUCGGUCCUUAGAGUGGAUCGAGAAUGCCCUUUUAUGAGAAGCGAAGCUUCUCUACGAGACUGGGCAAAUAGCAAAGCAGCUCUUACUAAGUCACUUAAAAGAAAAAGGGAGAAUGAUUUAUCCGGUUCUUUUGGCCAUAACUGCCGGGUCAAGACCUGGUCCCAAGUCCAAAAGUCGAAUUACUUCACAGUACAUCCUGAUGUAUAUUGAUGUGGACUAUCUGAAUCGAAAUUGGAAUCCUUUGUAUCCCUGGGGGCUAAAAGUCUUCCCAAACAUAUUGUUCAAUUUGGUUUGAUCUGAAACCGAACUUUUGUAAGCAUCCACAUAGGUAACGGUAAUCAAUGGCUGAUUAGGCAAAGCAUCAUUUAAAAGCAAAGGCAUACUUGUGUGGUUCCUGGUCUAGUUUUGAACUUAUCGUAUGAAUGUCAAUUUAGUCCUAAACUUUUGAAUUUUG